AUGAAGCUGGUUAUCAUGUGCUUGUGCAUUGUGCAUUUGUCCUUGGCCAGCGCAGGACUCUCUGUACGCAACGAUCUGCAAACUGCCCACAACAAUGUGACAGUCAGCUGGAGGAAAGCCUCUCAGAGUACAGCAGAAUCUUUGAACCUAGGCAGACAGAGAUCGCUGUUUGCGAGGAGAGGACAGUACGAACGACAAAGGAUCCAUGCACAGAAGCCCAAAGUCCCUGUUCCUCCAAAAGUCGGCCCCCCUCCUUCUAAAGUUGCACCCAAACCUGCAAAACUCAAAUGUUCCCAACUUUCACAGAGCUGUGUGCCCCAGUCUGGCUGCUGUGACCCACGUGUCAGUUGCCACUGCCGUUUCUUCAAUACAAUCUGCUUCUGCCGGAGGAUAAAGUCGUAAUACAAGGAGAGAACAUAAAGGACACAAAAUACACCAGAAACAGAGAUACCAUCACCCAUGCUGCCACAUCACGUCAAAACACAAACUGACGCAUCACAUGGAUGGGACAGAAGGCAUCAUCUCACCGAGUCAUCCU